AUGAUCCUUCUGAGAUGCCUGCUUUUACCUAGACGUGUGGGGGAAUUUAUUCCUCGAACUUCAUUUCGAUCAUACUUGAGGGCUCUCUCUACUUCUGUAGAGAGACCGCAAGAUUCCAACGCUACAUUGAGAAGAAUUUUCGAUGAUCAUAAAUACUUCAAAGACUUUAAUAAGAAGAACAAUAACGGCAAUAAGGACUCAUAUGCAUUUUCCUCAAUAUUUUCAACCAACUCGACAGGGUUAUUUAGAAAUGAGAUGCUCUCUAGCCCCGAUAGUCUCGUGGACUUCUCCAAGAAAUCGCUAGCAGAUGCUAAGAACCUUGUCAAUGGGAUGCUCAAUGAUGUUUCUGAAAGCGAACAUGGAAAGGUAAGCUAUAUAAGAAAGUUGGAUCAGUUGAGUGAUAUCCUCUGUCGAGUCAUAGAUGUUGCUGAGUUUAUCAGGGUGGUGCAUCCUAGCCAAAGCUGGAUUGACGCAGCGCAGAGGACCCAUGAGUUAAUGUUCGAGUAUAUGAAUGAAUUGAAUACAAAUGUUGAGCUAUAUGACAUCUUAUAUGACAUAUUGCUGGACAAGAAUAUCGUUCAGAAAUUGACUGCAGAAGAAGUCCUGGUCGGAGAAUAUUUAAAGCAAGAUUUCGAAAGAUCAGGUAUUCAUAUGGCUCCUGAAAUCAGACAAAAUUUUGUUGCAUUAACCCAAAGCAUAUCAUUAUUGGGCUCUGACUUCAAUAAUGGAGUUAACCUGUUGGGAGAUAUGUGGUGCAAAUUGACCAAACAAGAAUUUAAGUCGAUUCCAAGUAAUAGAUUAAAAAAGGAAAUUCUUUCAUUCCAAUCAAAGUCUCCUGAGAAGCACGAUGGAUAUAUUAGCGUUCCGUUAACUGGUCAUAUACCAUAUGCAAUAUUGACCACGUCUCCUUCAGAAGAAGCACGAAGGAAAAUUUGGACCGCAAUACAUAACUCCUCUCCGGACCAGAUUCAAACCUUAAACAGUAUUAUUCAGUAUCGUGCGAUCUUAGCAAAGAUGCUUGGUUACAAGUCCUUUUCUCAUUAUCAACUAGAACAUAAGAUGGCGAAGAGCCCCGAAAAUGUGAUGACAUUUUUAAAGAAUCUUCAGCAAACCUUACGGAAAGGAAGUGUUUUAAGCGAGCUCAAGAAUUUGUAUAAAUUGAAGGAAGGUUAUAAUCCUAAUUUAUCUGACGAAGAAAUCAUUAGUGAAGUGAAGCCUUGGGAUAGAGAUUAUUUAUCAGAAAAGUUACAGUCAUUGAAAUGUACGGAACCUAUUGAGGACAUUUCACCAUAUUUGUCUGUGGGUACGAUAAUGGCAGGUUUGGCUCGCUUGUUCGAGAACUUGUACAACAUUACAUUCAUUCCGGAGCCCACAGUUAAAGGUGAAACCUGGGAUGAAAAUCAGGUUCGCAAGUUGAAUGUGUUUGACUUGAACAUGAAUAAGACGUUGGGCUACAUAUAUUUAGACUUCUGGUCUCCAAAGGUCUUACCCUCACAUUUCACUAUUGUGUGUCUGAGAAAAUUGAAUACUGAUCUUGGGUAUGAAGCUGUAGAUGAAAUGAGAACCUUGGUACAACUAAACGAGGAAGAGGACCAUCAACUACCUGUUAUUUCCAUAAUUUGCAAUUUUUCAAAGCAUAACGACUCAUCUUUUGCGAGACUUCCUGGAAGUCAAGGUGAGCCUACAUUACUCUCAUUAGAUCAAGUAGACACUAUCUUUCAUGAAAUGGGACAUGCAAUGCACUCAAUGAUAGGGAAAACUGAUUUGCAUAAUCUUUCAGGUACGAGGUGCCUGACUGACUUUGUUGAACUACCAUCUGUCUUAAUGGAAUAUUUCAGCAAAGAUCCGCGUGUUUUAUGCGAAAUUGGAAGACAUUAUUCAACCAAUGAGCCUUUAUCAGAACUGUUGCUCGACUUAUGUCAACAAAAGAGAGCGAGGUUGGAUCAUUGUGAGACCUUCAUGCAAUCAAAAAUGGCCAUGCUAGACCAAGCAUUAAAUGGUGAAGAAAUUAUAGAUAUAAUUGCAAGAAACCCUAAAACUUUUGAUUCCACCCCUGUUUACCAUAGCUUGGAAUCUAAAUUAAAAGUUUUUUGCGACAAUUCCUCGACUUGGCAUGGAAAGUUUCCUCAUUUGUUUUCUUAUGGGGCAGUUUACUAUUCUUAUUUGUUAGACAGAGCUAUUGCGUCAAUUGUAUGGAAACGUCUCUUUGAAAAAGAUCCCUGGCGCAGAGAUGCUGGUGAAAAAUACAAAAAUGGCUUAUUAAAGUGGGGCGGUACUAGAGAUCCUUGGACCUGCUUAUCUGAUACCUUAGAUGAUAAAGAACUAAGAGGUGACGCCACUAGAGCUAUGGAGGUUAUAGGACAGAGAAGCAGUGUAUAA